AUGAAGCUGGCGGAGUUCGGUCGGCUGGGAAUGCAAGCCCUCGGUGGCGCUUGGGAGUUCGUCAACGGGCAGAUGAGCGCUCAGCCUAGCUGGAGCCGAGUGCGUGGCCCACUCGGGGCCCUGUGGCUUACCUUGCAUCGGAUCGGCUGGCGGCUUACCUCAGCGACCACCUUCGAGUCCGACCUUGGCACCGUCCUCGACCUGAAUCAGAUGGCGCCCAGAGACGUUCGCGACCAGGUCGUCCAGGGUGUCACGCUCUGGCUGUUGGCGCGCGCGGAGAGCCACAUCGAGACACACACUGGCGAGCAGUUCUGGUACCGCGGCAUCAGGCAUCGCUGCCAGCGCGCCAGAGGCGCGGCUUCCAGCAGCAUCGCCGCGGGCAGCGCGAGGCCUCAUGGCCCGUGCCGCAAGGACGGCAAGGUCGAUGAGAGCGCCGCGGAGGCGGCAGCCUUCUGCCAGGAGCGGCGAAAAAUGUGCGAGAAGCAGGUCAUCGACCACUGCCUCGCAGAUCACAAGAGGGCGCUGGAGGCCUCCCAGCGGGAGUGCGCGGAGGCCGACAAGGCGGCCACCGGCAAGUGCGUCGAGGAGGCCAUGGCCAAGAGGCAGGAGGCCGCGCAGGCCGAGUGCGAGGAGGAGAAGAAAGAGUCCUGCCCAAAGGAAUGCGGCGCCAAGUGUGACACCGAGAAGCUGGCAGACUGCCUCGAGGGCCUCGAGAGCGAGAGCGACGCGGCGGAGGUGUUCUGCACCGACUUCUGGAAGCUCCUCCACAGCUCCUCCCAGAUCGACCCUGAGACAGGUAAUCCAAUCGUCUUGUUGGACCCCCUCGCGGUUCACAACAGCACCGUCUCAUGA